AUGAGUCAUUACUCACGGCGAAUCGUGACAGCUGGAGCGUAUCGUAAGCGGAAAGAGAGAGAAGAGACGUUUUACCCGUCACAGCCGUCAAGUCCAGUGAUGGAUACGACGUCGUCGAAGCAGGCGGAUCCCGUCUCAUCAACCCGGCUUCUAGCCGGGUACAUGGCUCACGAGUUCAUAACCAAAGGAACGCUGUUGGGUCAAGAGUUCGACCCGGCCCGCGUCGAAGCCGUUCCAGUAAACAGGACAAGUGAGCCGAGAAGGGGCAAGCCGGGUCAGGGGCACGGAAACGGGUUGGAGCCGAGCCAGAGCUACGCCGAGGUUGCGAGCUUGCUGAACGGCGAUGGGGCCCGCAUUGUUGGCAUAGUCAAUCCGACGCAGCUGGGUCGAUGGAUUCAGAUGUGA